UGUCUGUUCUCGUCGCGUUCGCGUCGUGUCCUACCGAUUAUUUUCUCCUUCCUCCCCCCUCCCCCGUCCGCGCACGAGAUCGUCGACACGGUAGAGAGCCGCGCGGUAUACACACGGACGUGUCGUUGUUGCACCGAGUGUCUUCUGCUUGAAAAGUAAUUGCCCGGUGCCGAGGCCCAGGAUGGCAUUCAACGGAGACGGACCACACUCCAAGAGGCAGCGACUCGAGGAAUCCGGUCACAGGAAUCACGAGUAUGGCGGGUACGGAGACGAGCCACGACGUAAAAGAGAAGACAAUAACAAACCCAAUCACGUUCUCCUCUUCACAAUUAUCAACCCGGUCUACCCCAUCACUGUGGAAGUGUUACACACGAUCAGUGCACCCAGCGGGCAAGUUCAGCGUAUCGUCAUCUUCAAGAAGAAUGGCGUUCAAGCGAUGGUGGAGUUCGACUCGGUGGAAUCGGCAACCAGGGCGAAGGAGACACUUCACGGAGCAGACAUAUACUCUGGUUGUUGCACACUCAAGAUCGACUUCGCCAAGCCUACAAAGUUGAACGUUUACAAAAAUGACGCCGAGAGCUGGGACUACACGACACCAACGUUGGGAUCGAGUGCACACAAAAACGACGCAACCGGAAAUGGAAGACCGGCACCCCUGUUGGCAGAGCCCAGAUACGGCGCCGCACCCCAGCCAUACGGUUCCACGCCACAGGUAACUUUUCCCCCGGGUGCCGGCCACGAUCGUUACGAGGAGAAUUUCAAUGGUCCAGCAACGUAUGCGGAGCCGUACGUUGAGCGUUACGGUAUUAAGAGUGAUUUUAGCGGUCGAGAGCCUUUGCAUCCCACACCACCUCGGCCUGGUUACGUACCCACCUUGGGACAAACACCACCCUCGAGCACACAGGGCUCUGUGAUGAUGGUUUAUGGUUUGCAACCGGAUAAAGUCAACACCGACAAGCUGUUCAACUUGUUCUGCCUCUAUGGAAAUGUAACGAAGGUGAAGUUCUUGAAGACGAAAGAGGGAUGCGCGAUGAUACAGAUGGGCGACAGCAUAGCCGUGGAACGGUGUUUACAGAAUCUGAACAACGUGACGAUCGGGACGGACGGCAGGUUGCAGCUCGGUUUCUCGAAACAAGCUUUCCUCUCGGACGUCACCAACCCCUACAUUUUGCCCGACAAGACAGCGAGCUUCAAGGAUUUCACGGGAAGCAAGAAUAACAGGUUCCUUAACCCCGCAAUGGCCAAUAAAAAUAGAAUACAACCACCCUCGAAGAUCGUUCACUUUUUCAACACACCUCCAGAUUUAACCGAAGAAACCGUACACCGUGUGUUCGUUGAACGUGGAAUUGAAGCACCCACGACAGUGAAAUUGUUCCCCUUAAAAUCGGAACGAUCGUCGUCCGGCCUUAUCGAAUUCAGCAGUGUCGGUAUCGCGGUAGCUGCCAUCAUGGAGUGCAAUCACACAGCACUGGAAAACAGCAACGGCAAAUUCCCGUACAUAAUGAAGCUGUGUUUCUCCUCAUCGCGCACCAUACCCACGAGUUUCCCGCCCAGCAGCGGCAGCACGUCGAGCAAUUCCGCCGGUAAUGGGCACGUCAAAAUGCAGCAGGACUCGGAAUAGAACGGCGAGGUCCAGGGCCAGCAGCGUCAGCGUCAGCGCCAGCGUCCCUCUCUCGCCCUGCACCCGUUGUGUGCCCCGACGGGCACGGCCCUGCACCCAGCCGCAGCGAUAACACUAUCCCCGGUAUUACCGCCACCUGUGCCGCCUCCAUUGCCGCCUACCUGCGUCCUGAUCGCCACGCCGACACUAUAUCCAACCGUGCCACCGCCGCCACCGCCUCCGUUGCCUACAUUCUGGCCGUAUUGAUGAGAGGAGCAGGCCUACAUGGAGGACGAGCCAAUACCCAGAGGGAUGGUCUCGUCGUCAAUUUUAUUCAUCUACUCCUCGCCUCCUGGUGGACUGGCCGAAGGAUCACAGACGCUGGUCGCUGGAAGUGUAUCGGUUGGCUCGAGGAUCAAUGCCGGACAGCACGGCCUCGAGAGUCGAGGACCAACGAGAUUAUCAGUGUUUCAAGAAAUCACGGAAGAUGACGUAGUUGGCACACGGUACGGAUCAAGGUACUGUUCGAAGGUCAUCGAGGAUCGUCAGACGGAACAGCCGAGAAGCAGCGAUGUUUACGAUCAACACUUUGUUCUAUUCAUUUUUUCUCCUCUUCCUCCUCCACCUCCUCCUCCCAUUCUUCAUCUUCUUCUGUCUGUUGUUUCUUUUAUUCUUGUGUUACUUUGGCGAGGUCCGGGUAUACGUGCUUACCCCGUUCGAAGCCGUACGCCACAAGUGUCAGUAUUAUGCCGAGGCGGAUCUUCUCGUCGACAGACACCAAGACGGCAGAGAGAGAGAGACUGUGCUCGCGAGACGGAGAGGAUUCGCUUCAUCGUUCUGUCCUUCUGUCGGACACACGAGGAUUGUACAUAAUGUUCGAGGGUGGAGGCCCGCCGUCUGAAUGGGAAUCUGCCGUUAAUUGGCAAGGAUUUACAUAUCAAGGGCCGGGCAAAACGAUACCUAGUACGCUUCACGGGUAACCAUCGUCGCGUUCGCUUAUUAUUACCUUGGCCGUAUCUCUUCACCGUCCCAUCCCCCCGAUGGUUUCACCGCGAAACAAAAGACGGUCCCGGUGUUUGCGACGAACCGUUCUCCUCGUUUGUUCGUUCUUCGUGGCACGCCAUUUUCGGGUUCGUUUCGUGGCGAGGCCAGAAGACACCUUACGCGAUCUCGAUGCCGAUGCGCACCCGCCAUUCCUCGUUGACCAUUUUAUCAUGGGAUCCAAUAAAUCGGAGGUUCCUCAUUGACCAUUAGAUGCUACACACCGGAUACAAUUAUCUCGAGAGUGUUCAGAGGAUCUGAAUCAAUCGUGCACGCGAAAACAAAAAAACAAAAUCGUGUGAUGUUUAAGAAAGAAAAUAGAGAAUCCGACUCGCGAGAAUCUUUUCUUUUGCUCUACGGCAAAGAGGACGAAAGCUCUAUCGUCUGUCCGUUGUUUUAUAUACUCUGUACGUGUAUAUAUUAUAAUAUCGAUAUCUAUACAUGCACUUCGAACAAAUAUCUAUUUAUGUUUUCACGUUGUUCAGAUUUUAUUUUACAACGCUUGGAAUUGUGCUCCGAGAAAGUGUGAGAGAUCGUGUGUGCGCGCGCGCGUGUGUGUUCAUGGGGGUGUUAGUUUUUUUUUCGGGCGUCGAAUCUCUGAUCCUUCGAUUUAUCCGCUUGCGAAUUAUCUGCUCGCGAUUCGUCUCGAAAGGUCGCUUCUUCUUUUCGCGUCGCACGAGGAAGCUUCUCGCGAGUCUAGGGUUUCUUUUCGUAUAAGAAAGAAAGUGAGAAAGAGAGAGGGGUGAAAAUCGGUCCCUGCUGCGUGUUUGUGGAUUCGAGAUUCGUUUAUUGUCCCCUGCUCCAUCGAGAGGGGAACAGAAACGAACGAUCGAGGGGGGUAACGUUCCCUCAGAGCUGUAGUGUUCAGGUUGCGACGAUGGACUCGGUACAAUUUAUUUAUUUAUUUGUUUUGUUUCUUUUUUUUUUUUUAAGAGAGAUGAACGGACGAGCAACCGGAAAAGCUUAAUAUUCCCACGAAAUAAAACGCCCGUACACUAUUGAUCAGAUCGCGGACUGUGAAUUGAAUUUUAUAUUGAAGACAAUGAAAAAUCGACGACACACAAUAUAUUAGUGGUCCCUCGGCAAUAUUUUGUCGGGCCGCGGGACGUUUUUAUAACGAAAGGUUUUAGAUCUCCGAUUUGAAAAAAAAAAAAAAUGAAACAAGCGACAAAAUAUGCUAAAAAUAAUAAUAAUAAUAUUAAUAACGAUAAAAGGAUAAAGGAAGUAACGAGUUGUGUGUGUUUGUUUUUUCUCGAAGCGAACCAAAUGAACUACUAAAAAAUAAAUAAUAUUAAAUAGAGAGACUUUACUCGGCCAUACGUAACGUAAGAUAAUAAGGAACAAGAUUUAAACAAAACAAAAAAAGGGUCUAAAACACGCGUUGGUUACCCUUUCUAAAAUGCCUGUGUGCGAGAGAGAGCGAGAGAGAGAGAGAGAGAGACCUAAAGAAGAAUGAGAAUUAUAACUUAAAUAAGGGGAAUUUAAAGAAAAAAAAUAAGAAGUGUUUAUAUUUGAGGCAAUAUUUGUUACAAUACAGCUAGAGCAUAAGUUGUAUAUCAUUUUAAGGGGCUCAGUAUAUAAAAAGCGAUGAUCCUUGCUGAUUACAGACAUAGCACACAUGAGAAUAUAAAAAAUGAACAACAUGCAACGUGUAACGAAAGGAUACACGUUGUACGUUGAUUAAUUAGCAAAAAGUUUCUUCUUGCAGAAACUUAUCAAUCGUAGAGUGAUAUAUAUAUAUAUAUAUAUAUAUAUAUAUCUAUAUGUGUGUAUAUCAACGCAAGAAUAACACAAAGGUACUAAGCUAAGGAAUUAAGAAAAACCGCGGAUCAAUAAUAAUUCGUUUACACUCUUUUUCUUUCUUCUAUUUCUUUCAAUUUUUCUUUCUUUCGAUAUUCGCGUUCGGGAGAACUGAAUAAUUAUCGUUACAUCACAUUCUCGUACUUUUUUUCUUGUAUUAAAAUGAUUCUUAUUAAUAUUAUUAUUAUUAUUAUUAUUGCUAUUAUUCGUCGUUUCUAAUGUGUAACCAUAUACAUAUAUAUAUAUAUAUAUGUAUGUACGAGGGGAAUAAGUUCACACUAGGAUACGUCACUGUUUUUAUCCUCGAAGGAUUUCGUUUUAAAUUUAGCGAGCAGGACCUAAAGAAUUGAGAUGAAAAUAAAAAAGAAACGCGUGAAGUAGAUAAUAAGCAGAUAGGAGUCUUGUAAUCAUAUCAUAAAAUUUUGUAGAUAUUAACAUAUUACAUGUGAUCCGCGAGAGUACGGCGUUAUUUAAAUCCAAGAGUGUAUCGUCUCGCGAAUUCGCGUGGUAGAAGAAAAAGAAAAAAAGGAAUUUAUGCUCGAUUUUUAGAUGAUAAGAUCAAACGCAGAGUUUCGAUGAUUUUAGGUCUCGAUCAAAGGAUCCGAUUCCUCGAGAACGAAUCUUCUUCUCCCUAUUCUUUUUUUUUUCUCUCCACACAUACACACGUUCAUACGCUUCUGCGUACCUUGUGAUAAUGCAUUCGUAGUCGUUACGUUGCCCAUUCCUAAUUGAUAUAUUCCACGGUGACGAUGAGAAACGAGCGACAAGGCGGGCAAAAGUCGGUGGACGAAGGUAGACGAUACGUUCUCGAGGAAUUCCAUCCGACUCCCAACCCGAUCAGAAUCACCUAGGUACACCUCCAACCGGAGAACAAACUAUAGAUACAAGAAAGAAUGGAGAAACUUUAAUUAAAAAUGAAAAAGAACAAAAAAAUAAUAUUGUAAUUGAGAGGUCAAGCACGCAUGCCAGACUGUCGCUUAUUUUCUGACACUUUACCUGUAACAUGAUGACCGUGUGGCAAAUCUUACGCUAGUAUAUAUAUAUAUAUAUAUGUGUGUAUAUAUAUACAUUAACAACGAACACGUUCGCGGACACACGUUUCCACGUGCUCUGUGUAUUUCUAUGUGUCACACCAAAAAGACAAAACCACCCACAUGUGUGUUACUUCUCGAUCCUCCUCUCGUAUGUUUCGCGACGAACAGAGGUGUCACGGUUUUACAUUCUUUACAUUUAGCUCUUCCCCACCGUCGCGAGUUGUUCCGUGAUCGAUUAGAAUGAUUCCUAAAUUCAUCUAGAGUCUAGAUCCUAGAUCCUCCGUGUUUAAAAAAAAGAAGGAACCGUGCGUAUCGUGUGCGCGUAUGGGAGUAGACGAGAUUUCCUCGUGCAACGCGAAGGGGAUCGAGGAUCCACCUUUGCGGGGUAGAUAACGGUUUCUAAGCUGCUUGUCUCUCGCCUAGAUCGACGGCGGAAGGGUUAAAUUUAAAGACGACAAUUUAUAAACGAUCCCUGACCGCCUGUUCCAUCGGAGGACGACGAGCUUCUUUAAAAAGCUCGACUUUUUGGUCGCCUAGUGUUCUGGACGACCCUGAUAUCGUUUGCAAAGAUGUUCGCGUCGCAUAUAUUCUUUCGGCCCUCCUCCAAUGUACAUAGCUUUCUUGUUCGCUCCUCUGUGCGUGAAUGUGUGCAUGUGUGGGUGUAUGAACUCGUUACGCGAACACGUAGGAACGCUAAUGAUCGUUGUUUCAUUUACUUUUCUCCUUGUUUUUUUUUUCUUUUUUUCCAUGGACGACUAAAGUGUACAAAGGAAAACGUCGAUGUUGUCCAGAACACGGGUCCUACGUGUAUGAAUGUGUGUAUGAGUGAGCGAGCGAUCGUCCUCCGACAAUGGGCAUGGAACAGAGAGAGAUUCUUCUUAUAUGUACAAAAAUCAAAUUGUAAUUGUAGAGUGUAGAGAGUCUGUAACGGUACAGUAUUCCAGGUAGCGUCUAAAUAGCACUGUGUUAACACACCGACGAAUAAGCAAAACAUAUUAUUAAAAAGAAGAAAAUGAAAAAAAAUAAUAAAACUACAGAGAUAAUUACGUCAGCAUACGAAACUCGAGGUUGUAAAGAGAGCGCGAGUUUGAUAAUUAAACGAAUCGAGGAAAAAAUAUGAAGAAAUUGAAACGAGGUGAAACCAGUUCGUUUUUUCGAAUCUUGAAACACGAUGAUACAUAUCCCAUCUUGUAUGUAUAUAUUUGCAGUUUUUUCCCCAUGUGAAACAUUUUCAAUUAAAUCUCGACGAUCGAUUCUGUAAUUAUGAUUGAUUAGUAUUAUCGCGACUUAACGACGAUGUUGACGAUUUAACUAUUAUUAUUAAUUAUUGAUUCUUAAUUAUUAUUUAUGGUUGGCCGAUUUUGUGAAAAUCGCAACGAAUUAAGUAAUGUUACAACCGACGAUCGACAUUGCGUUUAAAAGCGUUAGGUUUAAUGUUUGUAGUUAGGUAAUGUUAGGUAGAUCGGAGAGUAGGUACAUAUCGUUAAUAUUGUUAUCGAUUAAUAGUAUUGCGAAGAGGAAAAAAAAAAAAAUAAUGAUACGAAAAAAGGUAUUACUGCCGGGAGCGCUUUGAUUUCUUUUGUACCUAAAGUGGCUCGAAUUUACAACAUUCGCGAGAUCGUUGCGAUACUGAACAUUUUCCAAAAGUAUCAGAUUAAACAAGUAUCUGAACGACGUCUCGAACAAGUAUCGUCGCGAUCUCGCGUUAAAUGAUUACUUUAAACGAAGAAAAAAGAAUAUUAUAUUUUUGUGCACCGAAUCGCAUCCGGUGCCGAGCGAACCCGAAGCUAAGAGAAAUAUCUUUUCAAGUAUUAUGUGUUCUACGUUGAUACUAUCGUACGUAUAGCUUUCGAAUAUCGCUGCCUAAUAAUUUUUAUUUUUCAUGGAACAUCUUCGGGUGUCGCGAGGCAUCGCGAAGCGGGAUAACGUAGGGCGAUGACAAAAUAAAUCAAAGCGCGGUAACCUUUUUAGCGAAACCCUUCUUCCCCUCUAAGUAUUACCGAGCAACAUAUACCUGUCCCACAUAUCAGAAUCUUACGUAUCCCACGCGUCAUAUCAAUGUUUCUAAGCGUUAGCCCUAAUGUAUCCUUUUAAUCAUUUCUCCCCGAAUCCCUUUGUCCCCUUAUCGAGGGUGAGAUUUCUAUCCCAAGAAAAUUUACGCUGUACCAACCCUGUCCCCGAUCCUUGUUCAUCCCUUGUCCCGAUAAAAAAAAAAUGAUCCACCUCGUUAUUGUACAUCUGAGCCAGAAGGGUCUCUAUGCUCUGUCUUCCCAUCGCUGCGUCAAAAGACAAACUAGAUGUAAUAAGAUUUGUUGACUGUAUACAUUAUUAUACAUUGAUUGUACACGAAUCAGCAACAUCACACACCCACGAAUACUCGAUGUCACACGGACACACACUUACACACAACAAGGGACACUAUCUUCCAGCCACUGCGUCAAGAUAGACCAAAAUGGAUCGGUAAUGCUGAUCGUCCUAAGAGAUAUUAUUUUAUUAUUGAAAUAAUUUAGGGAGGAUACGUGGAUCCUUGCGAUUUUAGGGUCGAUACAGAGGGUGAAGAGGUUGAGUCGCUUUGGUACAAAGAUUCGUGAUUUUUAGAAUGAAAAUUUUCAUUUGGGGAUGAUGGAAUUUUAAUCCUCGAGAUUUUGUCAUUAGAUGAAUUUGAAAUUUAGAUUGUUAUAAGGGUGAUUUUAGUAUAUUGACUGCCAUAUGUGGGAUUUCCUUAGGAAUCCAUAUUAGAUAUUAGGAAUUUUUUAAAUUGUCUAAUUAAGUGCUUUAAAUUUUGAGUAGAAAACCUUCAGCAUCACAGUGGGUGUUUUGAUUUUUAAUAUAUUAAUAAUUUUUUAAGUUUGAAAGUUUUUGAAAUUGAAAUUUUAGCACUGUUGCCUUGAACAUUUCUGUGAUGUUUCUCGUUUUAAUAAUUUAUAAUAAAACUAUCGUUUUAUGCAUUUAAAAAGAAAAUUUAAUUAUGCUGUAUGGGGUCUGAAAUCGCUUAGAAUAAAUUUCCACGAAGUUUAAAAUAUUUAUCCUGGAUACUCCAGGGAGAUUCUGUGCUUCUUGAAGAAGUUUUAGUCGCAAAUUUCUAUGAUCGAUCGAGCAUUAGCCGUCCAUAAUUAGCCUGUGAUGUCGCAGGGGCCGUUCAUUCGGUACACUAGCUUCAGAUACGACACGUUAGAAGCGAUCGUAGACAUUUUACACAUCGUGGCCACACCACCGGUGACAGACGAAGAUGACACACAACCAUCCAAGAUUAAAUUUAAAAGAUAAAAAAAAAAAGAAAGAAAGAUAAAAAUAAACACAGGAGACACAGACACACAUCCAGCAUAUGAUUACUCUUUAAACGAAUAACAAAAGGAUAAAAACAAAAAAAAGUAAUAAUAAUUAAUGAUGUAAUGUGUAUAUUAAUACUUGUAUGUCGUACGCUCUAAUGUUGUUUGAAGAGUUAUUUGCGAGUCAAUUAUCUGUGCCUAGCAGCCCUGUGCACCCUAUCAAAUGUACCACCGUUCAGAUGAAAAAUUAAAAAAAUAAUAAUGGGAAAAAAAUAACAGAGUGAAAGAUACUGAUUGAACCAAAAAAAAAAAAAAAAUAUGUGUAUAUAUAUAUAUAUACAACAGCAUCAAACAAAAAAUAAAUACGAACGAACACACAUACAUACAUACGCCGAAGAAACGAGCAUAUAGAUGUGUAGUUUCGAGCAGACACAGUGUUACGAGGUACACUCGUGUGCUUUUCACCGACAACAAAACAACAGUAACAACAUAUUACAAAAAUAAAAAAGAGCGAAAGAAAAGUGAACGACAAAAAAAAAAA